CCUCUCGUAGGGCUAAUCUUUGCAAUCCUCGCCUUUGUCUUCUCCGUAUUGACCAUCACAUCGCGAGAAUGGGCCAUACGUAUGAACUACGACCCGGAUCCCAACCCUCAAACUUGGGACAAACCAACCUACACCCUCUACCGUUCUCCUUUCAUCAUCUGUAGAGAAGAGCAGGUCAACAGCACCAAUCCUAAUGCAGACCCCGUUUACAGCGUCCAUUGCGAUCACUUUAAACCCUAUGGACAUAACAAGACCACAUGCGAGCUUAUGAACGUGACGGACUCGGAUGUAGCUGAGAAUCUUGGAGAUCAACGCUUGUGCCAGCAAAUCCACCUCGCGGGGAACUACGCCAUCGCCAGCACUGUCUUUAUCGGGGUCGGUUUCCUCGCAACCAUGACAUUGGCGUUCUUAAGCUUGUUGCGAUCUGUCUCAACUCAUCGACACAAGCAUGAGUCCGAUCACAGAAGCAACAACAGAGCCCUGCCGCUCCUCACCCUCGUCACACUGGCCUUUUUAUUCGUUGGCUUCGUAACGGCUCUCAUUUCGCAGUUCUAUGGCAUCAUGGGCUUCAUAGUCUCGCUCCCCAAUCAGUCCGAUUUCGCCUCAAGCCAGGGCUCGGGGAGUAGUGACGAGGCCGAAGUACAUGGCUUUCACGGUCCUUGGUUUCAAGGAAAAGCGUUGAGUGUGUAUGCGACGCUCGCUUGGGGCUUCACUAUUGCCACGGGGACUAUGGUGAGCUUGACUUGGCGACUACCUCGAUGGAAUGUAUGAGUGAGAGCGUGAGACAGAUUUGUUGUAGUAUUUUGAUUACAUCCUGG